UGGAAGGAAGAGAGGGGAGCAAGCAGGACCGCCGCUGAAAUGGCCACCAAACUUGUGGAUCUGGUGUAUUGGCGGAACUUGAGGAAGACCGGCGUGGUGUUCACAGGCCUGGUCAUCGGUCUGGUCAGCCUCUUCCAGCUCAGCGCCAUCACCGUGCUCUCCCACAUCUGUCUGGGUGUCAUGUGCCUCACCUUCCCCCUCCGUCUUUACUAUAAACUGCUGGAGCUGCUGCGCUGGAACCCCGGCGUCCACCCCUUUCAGUCGUAUCUGGAUCACGACGGCUCUCUCACGGACAAGGAGACGGUGGUGCUGGUGGAGGAGGUGGUGCUGCUGGUCGCGUUUGCUGUUUCAGAGAUCAAAAGGCUUCUGUUCAUCGACAGCAUGAUCGACUCUAUUAAGUUUGUUGUGCUCUUGUAUCUGCUGACCUACGUCGGCAUCGAAAUCAACGGGCUGACUCUGGUGAUAAGUGCUGUGAUCGCCAUGUUCUCCCUUCCUCUGUUGUACAAAAAGCAGCAGGUGCGGAUAAGACGGUUGGUUAGAUCUGUCAGAGCUUUUGUAAAGAAAAUCAGAACGAUGGUCCUCGGCCUGUAUGAAUCAGUGAGACCCUCCGAGGCCCCUGCACCCGCCCCAAAACCUGCAGUUGCAGCCGCCCCCGCCCCCAAACAGAAAGCCAAGUCAAAGUAACUUGUUGGUCACAUGUUUGAAAGCACCCAGGAUUUGGGAUUUGGAAAAUGUUGGAAUGGUACAUCCUCUGUGGGGCCGCUGGAGGGGCAGCUCAUUUCCAUUUCUCCACCAUGAUGUUUGUUUAUGGGAGCAAGAUUUAAUUGAUCCUGACAGCUGAAACAAAGCUGCCAUUCACUCAAGGAGAGGCGGGGGAAUUUUAUUUACCGAGAUGCUCUCUGUGGGCAGCGUUUAAUAUAACCAGUUCACACAGUCAUCUCCUGCAAGUAGGGCCGACACAGAAUAUCACUGUUUUGUUUUUUUUCCUUCGAUAACAAGUCUAUUUUUAUGUAACUAGUGAGCACUGUGUUCCUGUUGAACAGCAGAAUUAUUCAUCACGAAACACUGAAGCAUUAUUGCUGCUUUCAUUAUUUAGCAUCCUUCAAUGUUUCCUGGUCAGAAUACAACUGACAUGAACAUCAUUUUCCAUUAAUCAGCAUUAAUAGUGUUGUUCAAGUAUUAGGAAAAGCUUUCUGAGCAGCAGCAGCUACUUACAACUUUUAUGAGGCUCAUAGGAGAAAUAAUGAGAGCAUUGUCCUCUGCUCUUCGUGUUAAUCGCAUUUAAUUAGGAACAAACAGUGACUUCAUAAUGCUCUUACAGCAGUUUGCCGAUUAAAAGCGCAAAGAGUAACAAUAAAACGACGCUUAACAAGUGAGAGGAACCUUGACUGUCCUCCGCAAUCCACCUGAAUUAUGACUGAUUAUUGGACAGAAGACACCUUUUUUUAAUUUGUAGAUAAGAGUCUUUGUUUCUGCUUUAACAGUUUAACCAUUCAUUUACAAUAACAUGUUUGACCAUUAGGGGGCAGUGGAGACAGGCUGAAAAACAAUGCUAAUAUAGACUGUGCAUAAAAGAUGGUUGUAAUGAGUGUGACAUUGGUUUUUAGAUGAUGUUUUGAAGACGAUCUGUCAGUCACAAGGUAGCCACACUCUGACGUACCCUGCUUUGUUUUUCUCAAAACAGGACCAUAAUUUACUAAAUUAACAUAAUGCUUUAUUGAAGAAGACAUGAAACUAGCAAUCAAGACUAUAAUAGGAAACUGUUUACUAGGCUAAUUUCUCAGUUGACAAGUACGACCAGCUUGUGAUCAUGCAAUUGAACUUGUCUUUACAACCAGAGGAGUCGCCCCCUGCUGAUCAUUAGAAAAACUGCAGGUUUAAGUCACCUCCGCAUUAUUCUGACUCACCGGAUGUAGACUUUGGGUAUAAGCCUGCCUUUUCCUUCAUGCAUUUCACAUGGCUUUCUCUUAAUCAUAUUCAGUGAAUCAGCAGCACCCAUACAGCUAGCAACCCACAUAUCAUUUUUAUUUAUUUUUUUUCCUGAAGACCGUGCGUUCUACUUCCUGCAUCCCAGUGUUGCAGGGGCACCAUCACUGUAUCCUGGGCGACUGUAACUGGUUUACAGAAUUACAAGCCAAAGCUUUUUUUUUGUCCACUAUGACAGAAUGAUAAGGAGGUGCAGCCAGACCAUUCUGCAGCACUGAUGCAGCGCCGUGGUGCUUAGCAGCCAUUUAGUUCACUUGUAAAACCUAGAGGCUACAUCCAUCUUUUAUAUACAGUCUGACUGAUAGAGCAUCACCUUUUUAAGUUGAUAUAACAAAUCUCCUAACAGUUGCUUAUUUACACAACCAGUAGACAUAUAAAACAUUAACAUUCAUUUGGAGCUGUGGCGAUCUAGUAAAUGUAAAUCAAACAUUCUCUCAUUUUUUAUCUCUGUUUUUGGUCUCCACCAGCACAGAAACAUCAGGCUCUUUAGCUGCUAAAUGCUCCAUUAGAUUUGUUAGCUUGCAGUUAACGUUGUCUCGCCAGCGUUUGAUGCUGCGGGGAUGGUGUAGAGUUUUGAGCUUGUUUAACAUUUUAGGUGAAAAUAGCUACUUGCUGCCUGAACACGACACCAAAAAGUAAAGAUGGAGCCUGUUAAACACAAAAAAAAUGAGCUAAAAGACAAUAAACUGCUCUGUAGAUCAGCAGAUUCAAGUGAUAAUUCUCUAUAGGGUUGUCAGUUUGUGUGACUUCUUUUAUGUAUAAGUAAACAUUUGAUCCAUUAUUAUUAGUAUAAAUAAUAGCCUUGUAUUGUAUAAGCCUGGCAGAAGGUCUGUUUAUUAUUCUCGUUGCUCUCUCAAACGUUCUUGGAGCAAAAGAACAAGAGAUACAUUUCAAGUUAUUGUUGUGUUUGCAUUAAUUUUCUCCUGCAUUUGUCCUAGUUUCAUCUCUUAGUUCUAACUCACUAAACUAUCUACAUAAUUAACCAUUCUAAUAAGGACACAGCACCUCCACUCUGCUGGAUAAUUGUGUGAACUAGAUACAUCAUAAACUGCCUUCAGAGGACAUCUCAGUUCAUGUAACUGUAUCAUACCCCUUGAAAGAUAUUCACUGUUAUUGUCAGACAUUGGACAAAAAGUCAGAUAGUUUUAUGUAAAAGAAAGGGUCAGUGGAGUCAUCUUGCGAGGUCGUGUCUCGCUUUCAAAAAAACAAGAAAAUAAAGCAGCAUGCCGCUGACAGGUCGUGAAGAGAAAAGAGCUCGAGGGGCGGUUUGACAGUGAGGUGGAGGACAAAAUACAAAGAUAUCCACUUAAAGAAACCAUUAGAUUCCAAUUCCUAUUCUGCCUCCAGGGUGGGAAUAUCAUGGAAGUGUCAGCAUACUAAAGGCAGAACGAUGGCAUCGUGAGCUUUCUGUUUGAUGUUUUUGCCGGUAACAACUGAUUACUUCCAGUGAGGAUCUGACAUUUGCAUCAGUGCAGCUGGCUGCUGGCAGAACUCCAUGUCAACACUUUCCAAAUCAACCAAACAAUUCAAGAAUGUGGUUGACGGUUGUUUCCAAAAAUAGCCAACAAAUCACCUCAUUAAGCAAAAAACUUUCACUGCAGCAUAACAGGGAAAGUUUUCUCAUCGCUCACCAACCAGCUCCGAAGAACACUCGGAUUGUUUAUGAUGAACCUUUACCUUAAACAACACUUCAGUUGUGAUCUUAUGUGGAGAAAUGCUCUUGUUAACUUGCAGUGUGUCAUGUCUACAUUUUUACCCCUCGCAAACGACAACAUCAGCUGAAAGACCAACAAGUUACAUGAGGAUGAAGAGACAAAAAUGUGGGUAACUUUUCCUUUAUUGUGACAACUAGCUGCUAAACCUGAGCCAGUAAACUGUGAGAAAGUGAUUUCAAUGCAGCUGUUUAGCCGGGGAGUGGAUCAGGUGUUAAAGACCUCGAGGUCCUCUGUUUCAGAUCUUAAAAUGAUGCUGCACUCAUACUAACAUGUCUUAAUGAGCUUAAGUUACACAUGUACGCAUACAUAGAAACACAUGUUCUAACUCACAUCUGGUGAUGUUGAAUUGGGUACCGAGAUCUGCAGACAGUUUUGCUCAUAGGAUGCGCCGUCUAAACAAUACUUCUGGUUGCUGCUGAAUUUAAUCCCAUCAAAAUGUACAUGUUCUAUGCUCUUAAUGCCGCAAACAGCAUUUCAUUCACCUCCUCCUCUAUACAGGGAAGACAGCAAAACUUGGAUGUGCAAAACUAUCUGCUCGGUUUCAAAAACACAAAAUAAAAUCCUCAAUCUCACUUUUAACGAUGCGCCAGUGUAACAGUUUACUAUGGUACCACCUGAUGUCACUUUGUACAACUACAAUCAGCACAACAUCUGUUUUACCGCCAUCUUUUGGCUAUUGAUCUUUUUCUUUUUUCUUUUCUUUAACUCUGUUAAUCUUAAUGCAACUGUCAAAUGCACAACAAAAUAAAAACAUCCUUAAGGUCUUGCCAAAUGCCAGCUGCCUAAAGCUCGGCAUCAACCACUACAGCUGUCACUUUUAUCUUUUGUUUUAGGUUUACUCAGAUUUCUAUAGGUAUUUAUUGUUUUUUAUUGUUAUUUCCUAUUGUCAUUUUGCUCCCCAAUAAAAAAGUUAUUUACUACAAAUGAA